ACCUAACCUGUACAUUUCAGUCCCAGUCCCUCCUCAGAGCGCUGUUACCGUCUUCUUCUGUGGUGUUUUCUCACAGCUGGACGAUAUUACUGGACGAGAUGUCUGUGAUGAUGGACCGACCCGUUGAAAGUGCAGACGAGGACCGAGCCUCCCUCAAAAGCAACGGGAAGACGUCGACCGAUGGCGCCGUGAAGGAGACGCUGGGCAUGUUGCAAACGUUCCGGAGGAGCAUUCGGCGUGCAUCCGGAGGAAAGGGGUCAAAGGUCACGCCCAAAGCAGACACAGCUGGCAACGAAUUGGCAAGUCCGCAGCCGCCGCCGUCACCCAGUCUGAGUAUUCGCUCUGCUGUGACCUCUCCUCUGAAGAACAUGUUAAAGAAAAAAGACGAACCAGAGUCUCCGACACAGAAAAACAAAGCUCUGUCUCGUUCUAACACAGAGCCAAACAUUGGAAACUUCCUACAAAGAGGAGCUUCCAUUCGUCGCAGCCUUUUUGGUCCAAAGAAAGAGAAAAACAAACAGGAGCUCGUUCCGCUGUCUGAGGGCUCAGCGGAGGAGAAGAAGGCGGAGAAAGAGGAGGAAGAAGAAGAGGAGGAGGCGCAAGAGGAGAUGGAGGAGAUGUACAUCCUGCCAGAAAUCCCACACACUCCUCUGUCAGUGAUGCAGAUAAAUAAGCUGAUUGAGAUGGAGGUCCUGGAGGAGGCCCACCUGAACCUCCUGGCUUUACGGCAGGAGUUCCAGCGGGAGCAGGAGCAGUUUGGAGACGACUCCCCCAUGGAACUGUCCAAGAAGGAGAAAGACCUGAACCUGCUCUACGGAGAGCUGAGGAACAAACUGGCCGACAUAGUGCGCGACUCCAACUCCCUCCCCUCCAGAAACAAGGCUCUCCUGGUCCACGUGGCCCGCAUCAUCCAGGAGGAGGAGAAGAGGGCGGAGGAGCCGGGCGGACUUCCCAACAGCUGGAAGGAGGCAUGGAGGCGGGCGGUGGACGACGGCGUCUGGGUGAAGGUACGCGGCGUUCACCUGGAGAAGAGGGAGCAGAACGUCUCCUGGCUGGCGGUCCACCUGGGUCUGCUGGGGAAGACCAUCGUGGAGGACUUGGAGAACGUCAGGAGGGAGCUGAAGUGGUCCUACCCCCCCAGCUUCAACGUCUUCAGCACCUACGUCAACAGUUACCACCGCGUCAUCGGGCAGCACCUGAAGACGCUGGAGCAGCAGGCGACAGAGCUGAAGGACCUGCACGCUCUGCUGGACUGGAUCCUAAACCGCUACAAGAGCGAGAGGAUCAUGGGAAGUUUGUGUCUGCAGGCGGACAUGAAGGAUGAGAGUAGUGACCCGCAGCUGGAGGACGGCUUCCUGAAGAGACUGAAGGAGAAGUACUGCUGCAGAGUGAGGGAGGACAUGCGCUGUUCACUGGAUAAACUCAUCGAACUUGAAUAUGAGGACUUUUGGAAGGACAGGAAAAAUCCAGAGAAAGAAGAUGACGUCCUCAACUCUGACUUUCACAUGGACAUCUGGACGAAAGUGAAAGGAAGCAUCAACGCCUCCAGACAAAUGGAUGCUCAGCUGGAACCGGACGUCACCUCUGCUUGUCUCCUAGAGCUGAUACAGUUUCCAAAAAGAUUUGAGUCAGAGUUCAGACUUCACUGCGGAGCCCUCAGACCACAGCCUCUGUGGACCGAGUAUCAGAUCACAUACAUCAACAGCUUCACUGCUUUACAGCAGCACAUGGACGAGUACCGGGCCACGUGUCCGGUCCAGGUGGAGGAGUUCAGUAAAGAGGUGAAAUGGCUGAACGUCCGACUGCUUCAGGACCUGGAGGACCAGUUCAAAGAAGAUGUCAAGCUGUACCUGAGGAGAAUGAUGACGAGGAAGUGGCUGACUAACGAGGAGGACUUCGACAAGCUUUAUGAUCGGACCGAGCUGCUUUCCCAGCACUGCGCUCUAAUGCGACCUCCAAACGUCCAGGAGUUUGCGAGUCGAUUGCACUACCACGUGGUGAAGGAAUACAUCGGCCAGCUGAUGAAAAGCAACUACUCAUGCAAGAACAGGAAGCACGAGAAGGCGGCGAACAAGAUCCGUAUGCAGUGGAAUUACCUCCAGGAUCUAUUUAAGAACAUGAAGUCGACUCAUGAGUGGCUGUAUCCUGUAGGAGAUGACCUGUGUGACAUUAUCGGACAGAAAAACACCACAGACAUAAAGGAGCAUCUGCAGGCUUUAGUGGAGGGUUACCCAGACUUUAGCAGAAAACAUCUGGUCGCUGUCCUGUAUUUCCGAGGUCUUCUGCGAGGACGUGAACACCAGCUGAUCCUCCAGAGACUCAGCGAACUGAAGAAGAACCAGGUCGGCGACAAAAGCCGCCUUUUAUUCGACGACAUGCAGGUCACGGUCAACACAGACUGUCUGUCCAACCUGCCCUUCUCCUGCCUCAGCUUCCUACUGCCGGACAACUAGUGGACAACCAACUGACCAGAUGGGACAGAAAACACACAAAUACAGACGGUUUUCACAACUGACGUGACAGUUUUACUCCUAAAAAUAUCACCAAAGGGACAAAUGUACCUCAACUACCCAGGAUGAAUUCACAAAAGAUGCAACAUCAGACUCUUCUGUGAUUUUAUGUAUAUUUCUGGUAAAAUUCUGCAAAACUGACCAAAACCACAAUGAACUGAUCUCCUUUAAAGUCAUUUUUGGUCUUUUUCUGUGUCUCCAGAAAUGAUUAAAAACAAAUCAAAGUUGUAGGUAUCCACACAUUAUUUCAUUUUGUUUGAUUAGUAAGUUCUGCAGCUGUUUUGGAAAAUACCUGAUUAACAUUAACAUUUUAUUAAAUCUAGCUGCAUAUUUAUGAAAUGUUUGGAGAGGUUUUUAUCCUCAAUGGGAACCAGUGGAUGCAAAGCUCACAAUCAGUAAAAAAAAACAGUAAAAAAAAAAAAAAAGAACCAUUGCGAAAUAAAGUGAACUGUUAAAGACUCAUAAAACAGAGUAAACUGUU